CAGCAACGUUCACAAUCCGAAAUUCCUUGGUUUCUUCCCGGUAUCUUAACUUGGUUGGGCAGACCCCAUAUAAAUAGCACUAAGAAGAACUUGGUGUUCACUGUAAUUUGCAAAAUCCGACAAUACUUACAGAAGUUUUUCGAGUGAAAUUCAAUGGAGGAUGAUGCUUGGAAUUUUGGUGUUUCUAUUGCUUCAAGGAACUACCACCAGUCAACUACUGAGUCUCAAUCUGAUCUUUUUAUAGAUUUGGAGGAGAUUGAAGGGGACGAUGAGUUAAAAGCGGAGCAUCCGUGCCCAUUUUGUCCAGAGGAUUUUGAUUUGGUUGGGCUGUGCUGCCAUAUUGACGAGGAGCAUCCUAUAGAAGCAAAUUCUGGGGUAUGUCCGAUUUGCGCUACAAGAGUGGGGAUGAAUAUGGUUGGACACAUAACAACACAGCAUGGAAACAUUUCUAAGAGUUGGCACAAAUUAAAACUCCUUAAGGAUGAGACGUAUUCAACCCUUUCUUUUUCAAGAAAGAAGUUUCAGGAUGGACAUUUCCAAUCUUUUCCUGUUGGGUCAUCUUCUGUGGUUUCUACCUCUAAGAUGGCACCUGAUCCACUGCUGUCAUUUAUUUACAACGCGCCUGCUGUUGACAAGUCUGAAAGUAUACAGCCUGAUUCUUCAACUGAAGUAAGCAUAGAGGAUGAGAACUCUGACGAGGAAAUGUCAGAAAGAAACUCUCAACUAAAUGCUUUAUCAGACAAGGACCAAAUGGAGAAGUCAAGGAGAUGCGAUUUUGUGCAGGGACUAUUAUUGUUCACCAUCCUUGAUGAUGACAGCUUAUGAUUGGGAUACUUGUCAGUUUCUCAGAUUUUGACAGAGAGGUCUGUGAUCAAUGUUUUGAGUUGAAUAUGCUGAUAGCUUUGAUAGAAAGAGCCGAGUUAGAUAUAGGAUCUGAAUUACUGCAUAUUGGUAGACUGGUAGUCAAUGUAAUCUGAAUGUACUGCAUGUCACUAUUGCUAUAAUGUAGUGAAAUUUACUCUUGGGAAAUUUAAUGCUAUCCAAAAAGGGGUUUAUUUGUAUUCACCAUGAUAAAGAAUACAAGCAGCCUAGUCUGUUAGAAAAUCUAUGUAUGAACAUUGAACAAGAUCUGGCAAAGUGCACAACAUAGAACUUCCAAACAUCCUACUCCUGUUGCUGUGGGCGAAGUUUCCUCGAUAACCAUUUCUUUCGUAGCUUAACAUCCAAUGCAAGAAAAGUUUUUGCUUUCUUUUCGUCCUCUAGGAAAUCACAUGCAUCCAAUACAAGGUCUUCAUCCAUGUCCGGUAACGCUUGGAUUGCUUCAAUCACAUUCUCUAUUGGGAUAGAAUUUGAGUUCUCAUCAUCUUUCUUUUUAUCUGAUAGGGAAGAAACUGCACUUGCCAUCUCACGAAGUGCACUAGCCAUGCUCUUAUCCUUGCGUAAUUUUUUAAUAUGACCAGAAUUUGAGCAGUUCUCCAAUUGACGCUUGUUCUUCUGAUCUGCAAGUGUAGAUUCCUGCUCCUCAUCAACUUGGUCUUCGCUGGAAACAGACAUGGCAGAUUCAGUAGUAUUUGACGUUCCGAGGAACUUGAUUUGUUCUACUUCGUUUUGCUGCUCUAAACCCAGAAAGCAGUAUUUUUCAUCAGCACUUGGAUCACAAAUCACGCACAAAUCUUUGUAGUAUGGCACGGGUCGAGUCAUGAAUUGCCGCGCAUCAGUAUGUGCCUACAUUAUAUCAUAACAAAGUAAGGCAUCAUGAAGAAAAUAUCAAGGGUCUUCUCAAUGUCAGUAAAUGAUGAAAUUCUUUCAUCUCGUUUCCCUUUGCAUAUGAAAGCCCCAACUCAUCCUUGGAGCAGUUGAACAGAUUAAUUGUAAAAAGAUGAGCAAGCAAAUUCAUUCUUUUCAGGAAUGAAAAUGAAGUUACUGUAGAUAUUGAUUUUUGAACUUGAAAGUUAUAGAAAUUUCACAUGAAAUUCAUUUCAAA